AACAAUUUGUCAAAAUUUACAAAAACUUUGCAACACGUAGUGGAUUUUUAAAGAUUUGUGGACAUUAAUAAUUAAUUUGGUUCAUAAAAAUUUAUCAUGCCUACCAGUGAUAGUGACGAUUUUGAGAGUGCCGAUGAGGGUCAAAACAGCCCACAAAAGAAGGAGAGAAAAAAGCGAUUAUCUUCGUCAAAUUAUAGCGAUAAUUUAGAAUCAGAUCAGGAAAACAGAAAAGGCCAAUUAAAAACAGGUUCAGAGCCUAAAAAAGUUGAAACAACAGAUGGUUGGGAUGAUUUUGACAUUGAUGAAAGUUCUGAAAGUAUAACAAAAGUUAGCUCAGAAAAAGAUAUUUCAAUACCAAAAGCAGAAAAUACAACAAAAACAUUAGAUGCCACAACCUCAAAUACUGACAAAGGAGCUAGCAAUGACUCGGGCUGGACUGAUUUUGACGAUUGGGGGGAUACAGACAUAUCCAAAACUGGAAAGGAAGAUGUUACUAAACAACCUGAUAAGAACAUACAAGAAGUCACAGAAAGGUUAGCAGCAACAUCUACAUCAACUUCCACAAAAAAUGAAGGUUGGGGCUGGGGCUGGGGCAUGGACUCCAUACUGAGCACCGCCACUGCUGGAAUCACUAACCUCACCUCACAAGUAUCACAGGGGAUUUCAACAGUCUUAGAAACUAGUAUUGGGGCACCGGACCCUGAAGAACUUGCCAGAAAAGCUUCUCAAACUGUUGAAAAUAAACAUAAAAGCGAGGACAGCGUAAUAAAAGAUACUAACAAUGAUAAUCAGGAAGAUAGUAAAAAUAAUGAUGCCCAAUUUCCAUUUGGAAACCUUUUGUCUGGUGUAACUAAAUUUGUGGAGACAACUGGUACAAAAGUCUUAGCAGGAGGAUUAGACACUCUAGAGACGAUUGGCAAGAAGACAAUGGAAGUACUCCAAGACGGUGACCCUGGUUUGGCUAAGAAGCGAGCCAUGCUCGGUCUAGACUCAGCCGAUAAGCCGGUACUGUCUCAAGUGCUUAGAGAAGCAAAGGCUAAAGCUGAUGAGGAAGACAGGAUUAAAGAACAGAAGAGGGAGGCCAAGGAGGUCCAUUAUGAAACACUAUUUGAUGACUUUGAAGGCUUGGUACACUUGGAGGCUUUAGAGAUGUUAUCUAGACAGGUCAGCAUGAGGAUAGAGGAGAGGAUUCGUGCAGCAGAGCCCAGCAAGCGACAAGAUAUGAAAGAGACAUUGCAGCAAGUUGCCGAGCUAUGUGAGAUGCCGGAAGAAGAUGAUGAUGAAGAGGAGUCAGGAGACACAUCCAAGCCUGAUGCACUACACGAGCGCCUGCAGACUGCCACCAGAGACAUUGGAUUGAAGAUGCAAUAUCAACCUCUCAUCAAACAUUACAAAGAGACAUUGGAUUGGUUAGCAACGGUAGAUAUACCAUCACGUGUUAUAUACAAGCGAGCUGUGAGCAGUUUGGCACAAGCCACCGCUCUCGCUGUUGACAUCUACCACAAGACUGCGGAGAUGCUGCUGGUGAAGACACGCCGGUCUACCGCUGAUGAAGCAGACGCACUCACACAAAUGACAGUGGUGAUAACGAAGCACAUCGGUGAUAUAGCGACACUGUUCACCGCGAGGUUGAACUCCAUCACCGAUGAAGACAAGGAACAAGUCAGCAAUCACAUCACCAACAUAUUUUUAGAGGCAGAUAACAGUUGUAAAUACAUACAGAAUGCUUUCCAACUUGCAUUACCUAUCAUACAGAUUGGAGCUGUUUAAAAUAUUAAAAAAAGAUAU